CUCGAAACCGCCCGAGGGUUCAGCCCAUCUCUCUCUCUCUCUCUCUCUCUGCUUCUGAGUCGAAAGAGAAAGAUGGGGAUUGAGAGCUACGUGGUGGUGCACAACAUAGCGAAGAGGCACAACGUGGGGACUCUUGCCCGGAGCGCCACCGCUUUCGGCGUCUCCGAGCUCAUAAUCGUCGGCCGCCGGGACUUCAACGCCUUCGGGAGCCACGGGUCCACUUCUCACCUCGCCUUCCGCCAUUUCCACUCUCUCCUCGAAGCUCGCUCCUUCCUCAAGGAGAAGGAUUGUGAUAUAUGUGGUGUGGAAAUCACAGAUGAUGCUGUAGCCGUCAAUCAGCAUCCUUUCAAUAGGAGCACGGCUUUCCUCGUCGGCAACGAGGGAAUGGGCCUCUCUGCCAAAGAAUGCGAAAUAUGCGACUUCUUUGUAUACAUUCCUCAGUAUGGCUCUGGCACUGCUUCAUUAAAUGUCACUGUAGCAGCUUCCAUAGUUCUACAUCAUUUUGGAGUUUGGGCAGGCUUCUCCGAAAGAAUCCGCAAUGGAAAUAAGUUUGUUGUGGCUGAGAAACCGGCAAAGCAAGUGAAGCGUAAUUUCUGUGCAGAAACCGUGGAUGCUAUCAUUGAGGAGCGAAAAUCUAGAAAGCAAAACGCUUCCGAAUUUUUCGAUGGCGAUGGAAAUGCCCAAUCGAUGUCAAACCUUCUUGAGGGAUUGUUCAGCGAUGAUCAGUAAUUUAAGGGAAGUGAAUUUUCUUUCAUACAUUAUGACAGCCCAAGACUUUGGGAAUGAUAGAAGAGUCAUAGGUGGUCGGUCCUGCAUGUCUACAUGUUGAAGAAGCGAGUGGCUAAAGUUGAUGCGUCCAUGUCUCUUUUGGGCGAGAGCCGGCAAGCAAAGAGCCUGUUCCGGUGUUGAGCAGUUUAAGAUUUUCUGAUUGUAUGCAUAGUGAUGUUAGUUUUUGCAUGGACCAAGGAUUAGAUAUGUUCUGUCCCGGAGUUUUGUGCUUUGUCCUCAUACUUUCUUUUUGAAUGAAGUUCUCUGGCUUUUCUUUGGUGCAA